ACCAUGUUGAAGUGGGUCGUCACACGCGCACCCCAGACUAUGUGCAAUGAAUGGAAAAUGCAUCCAGACCAUCAGUGGCGAUGGCACAUGGGCACCCGGAGUCCGGACCAAAAAUUACAAUUUGAAAACAAUAACAACAUAUCAUCGGUGGACGCAAAGCAUUACUGCAACGAGCCCAGUUCGCCAUACAAUCGUAUUGGAUCAAAACGGCAAGAUUCGGCAACCAUGAUGAUGCUAACGGCAAACACUCCAACAAAUGUGCUUUCGAAUGCAAGUCUCAACAGUACCGCGUCUUCCUUUCGCUACUUCGUAGUCAAUAAUCAUUCGUCGCCCUUGAAAAUUCUGAAACACCCAAUCGAUGAAUGUGUCUCGCGCAGAUCCGCAUCCCCUCGGCGCGGAUCGGGUUACCGAAGAACAACGACACAUCGACGACAACAGCGGCGCCGACUCUCCAGUCUUCAUAUACGCGAACCUUCUGAACUGGCAUCGCCCAGUUACCGGCAGGCUGAUGAUCCUGCGAAUGAUUUAUCAAACGACGUGCUUUUGACACCGCUGGCUGAUCGUGUGACUAACUGCAGCUUACCGCCAACCCAGUGGCAAGAGGUUUGGGAAAUUUUUGCCACAGAAAACGAACACUACAACGAGCGCGAAAUCAAAACGCCAGAGGCGGAAAGGAUAUCGUCGUUAAACCACGACGAUGGACAACUAAUAAGACGGAGAGCCGUCCGCCGAAGGAAGGCCGCUCAAACUAGCACGAAGAACGUUUAA